AUGCGCCUAAAAACGUUUUCAUUAUUUUUAUGGCCUUUUUGGCUUGUUUUUGCUCCAGCAGCUACCACAAAGGCUGUUGAUGCCGGAAAUACUUCAUUACCCUGGCAUCUUACACCGUUGAAAUAUGCAAAUACCUCCACGCUCCUCAAUGUGGCCUAUUACGAGGCCGGUCCGCCCAAUGGCUCUGCCGUUAUUCUAGUGCACGGGUUUCCUUAUUCAAUCGACGCUUUUGCCUCUGUGGUACCUCUUCUCACAGGGAAAGGAUACCGGGUGAUUGUACCUUAUCUCCGCGGCUAUGGCGAAACAUCCUUCCUAUACCCCGACACCCCACGCAGUGCCGAACAGGCUGCUCUAGGGUCAGAUCUCAUUGCCCUAAUGGACGCAAUACAUAUAGACAAGGCAAUAUUCGCGGGAUAUGACUGGGGCACAGUUGUUGUGAACGUUGCAGCGGCCCUGUGGCCGGAACGCUGUAACGGACAUGUCGCUGCAAAUAGUUACUUGAUCCAGAAUCGAAGCACCGCCUGGGUUCCUUUGGAUCCUGAUUCGGAGGCAUUACGUUGGUAUUAUUACGUUUUCUUGACUGCUCGUGGCGCAGCAGGCCUUGCAUCGAACCCCAAAGCGUGGGCACGCAGUCUGUGGCAGAAGAAUUCCAUCGGAUGGAAUUUUUCUGAAGAGUAUCUUGACCUCACGGCAACGGCGUUCGAAAACACUGAUUACGUUGAUAUCGUACUCAACUUUUAUCGUAAUAGGUUGCUGUAUGCUCCUGGAGACCCGAAAUACUCUGCUCUGGCUCUUCGACUCGACGUACAGCCGCCUAUAUCUGCGCGUUCAGUCACAUUCGAUCCCCAAAAUAGUGUCGUUUUUCCACCGACAAACGGAACGGCAACGGCAAAGUAUUUUACAGGUUCAAGGUGUCAUUACGUACUUCCUAAUGUUGGUGAAAAUGUGCCCUAUCAAGCGCCGAAAAUGUUUGCGAACGCGAUAUUCGCAGUGGAUAAUCUACCUUUGCAUGGAACGGACGUCAUUUCCACUCGUAACUCCCAACGGGAAGCCGCCGCUUCAAUAUGUCAUCAUGUGCUUCCUUUCAUUAACUGA